AUGUGGCAGGAGGCGAUGCGGCGCCGCCGCUACCUGCGGGACCGCGCCGAGGCGGCGGCGGCGGCAGCGGCGGGCGGCGGCGACGGGCUGCAGCGGUCCCGGGACUGGCUCUAUGAGUCCUACUACUGCAUGAGCCAGCAGCACCCGCUCAUCGUCUUCCUGCUGCUCAUCGUCAUGGGCGCCUGCCUCGCCCUGCUCGCCGUCUUCUUCGCGCUCCGGCUGGAAGUUGAAGACCACGUGGCGUUUUUAAUAACAGUUCCCACUGCCCUGGCGAUCUUCUUUGCGAUAUUCAUCCUGGUCUGCAUCGAGUCUGUGUUUAAGAAGCUGCUCCGCGUCUUCUCAUUGGUGAUAUGGAUGUGUCUCGUGGCCAUGGGGUACUUGUUCAUGUGUUUUGGAGGUACCGUCUCUGCCUGGGAUCAGGUAUCAUUCUUCCUCUUCAUCAUCUUCGUGGUGUACACCAUGCUGCCCUUCAACAUGAGAGAUGCCAUCAUUGCCAGUGUGCUCACCUCCUCCUCCCACACCAUCGUGCUGAGCGUCUGCCUGUCUGCAACACCCGGGGCCAAGGAGCACCUAGUCUGGCAGAUCCUGGCCAACGUGAUCAUUUUCAUCUGUGGGAACCUGGCUGGAGCAUACCAUAAGCACCUCAUGGAGCUCGCGCUGCAGCAAACAUAUCAGGACACGUGCAAUUGCAUAAAGUCCCGGAUCAAGUUAGAAUUUGAAAAGCGUCAGCAGGAGCGGCUCCUGCUGUCCCUGCUGCCGGCUCACAUAGCCAUGGAGAUGAAGGCCGAGAUCAUCCAGAGGCUGCAGGGCCCCAAAGCCGGCCAAAUGGAAAACACAAACAACUUUCACAACCUGUACGUCAAGCGGCACACCAACGUCAGUAUCCUCUACGCUGACAUUGUUGGCUUCACCCGGCUGGCCAGCGACUGCUCCCCCGGAGAACUAGUGCACAUGCUGAAUGAACUCUUCGGAAAGUUCGAUCAAAUUGCAAAGGAGAAUGAAUGCAUGAGAAUAAAAAUUUUAGGAGACUGCUACUACUGUGUGUCUGGACUCCCUAUAUCUCUCCCUAACCACGCCAAAAACUGUGUGAAAAUGGGGCUGGAUAUGUGUGAAGCCAUAAAGAAAGUGAGGGAUGCCACUGGAGUUGAUAUCAACAUGCGCGUGGGAGUGCAUUCUGGGAACGUCCUCUGCGGUGUGAUUGGUCUGCAGAAGUGGCAGUACGAUGUGUGGUCACAUGAUGUUACCUUGGCCAACCACAUGGAAGCUGGAGGGGUCCCUGGACGUGUUCACAUUUCUUCAGUCACCCUGGAGCACUUGAAUGGGGCUUAUAAAGUGGAGGAAGGAGAUGGUGACAUCAGGGACCCAUAUUUAAAACAGCACCUGGUGAAAACCUACUUUGUAAUCAACCCCAAGGGAGAACGACGGAGUCCCCAGCACCUCUUCAGACCUCGCCACACCCUCGAUGGAGCCAAGAUGAGGGCCUCCGUCCGCAUGACCCGGUACCUGGAAUCCUGGGGGGCGGCCAAGCCGUUUGCUCACCUGCAUCACAGAGACAGCAUGACCACGGAGAACGGCAAGAUCAGCACCACGGAUGUACCAAUGGGUCAGCAUAAUUUUCAAAAUCGCACAUUAAGAACCAAGUCACAAAAGAAAAGGUUUGAAGAGGAACUAAAUGAAAGGAUGAUUCAAGCAAUUGAUGGAAUUAAUGCACAAAAGCAAUGGCUCAAGUCUGAAGAUAUUCAGAGAAUCUCAUUGCUUUUCUACAAUAAAAUACUAGAAAAAGAAUACCGAGCCACUGCACUGCCGGCAUUCAAGUACUACGUGACUUGCGCUUGUCUCAUAUUCUUCUGCAUCUUUAUUGUGCAGAUUCUGGUAUUACCAAAAACGUCCGUUCUCGGGAUUUCCUUUGGAGCUGCAUUUCUCUCGCUUGCCUUUAUCCUUUUCGUCUGCUUUGCUGGACAGCUUUUGCAAUGCAGCAAAAAGGCCUCUGCCUCUCUCCUAUGGCUUCUGAAGUCAUCUGGCAUCAUCGCGAACCGCCCCUGGCCGCGGAUCUGCCUCACGGUCGUCACCACGGCCAUCAUAUUAACCAUGGCCGUGUUCAACAUGUUUUUCCUGAGUGACUCAGAGGAGACCAUCCCUGCAACUGCCAAUAUAUCAAACACAAGUCUUUCUGCCUCAAGUAAUCAGGCAGCGAUUCUGCGUGCGCAAAAUUUGUUUUUCCUUCCGUACUUUAUCUACAGCUGCAUUCUGGGAUUGAUCUCCUGUUCGGUUUUCCUGCGGGUGAAUUAUGAGUUGAAAAUGUUGAUCAUGAUGGCCGCAUUGGUGGGCUACAAUACCAUCCUCCUUCACACUCACGCCCACGUCCUGGAUGACUACAGCCAGGUCUUAUUCGAGAGACCAGGCAUUUGGAAAGACCUAAAGACCAUGGGUUCAGUGUCUCUCUUUAUAUUCUUCAUCACACUGCUUGUUCUGGGGAGACAGAAUGAAUAUUACUGUAGGUUAGACUUCUUAUGGAAGAACAAGUUCAAAAAAGAGCGGGAGGAGAUAGAAACCAUGGAGAACCUGAACCGCGUGCUGCUGGAGAACGUGCUUCCCGCGCACGUGGCCGAGCAUUUCCUGGCCCGGAGUCUGAAGAAUGAGGACUUAUACCACCAGUCCUAUGACUGUGUCUGCGUCAUGUUUGCCUCCAUCCCGGAUUUCAAAGAAUUCUAUACGGAAUCAGAUGUGAACAAGGAGGGCCUGGAAUGCCUUCGGCUCCUGAACGAGAUCAUCGCUGACUUUGAUGAUCUGCUGUCCAAGCCAAAGUUCAGUGGAGUUGAAAAGAUCAAGACCAUCGGCAGCACAUACAUGGCUGCGACGGGGCUGAGCGCCGUGCCCAGCCAGGAGCACGCCCAGGAGCCCGAGAGGCAGUACAUGCACAUAGGCACCAUGGUGGAGUUCGCCUUUGCGCUGGUGGCCAAACUGGACGCCAUCAACAAGCACUCCUUCAACGACUUCAAGUUGCGAGUGGGUAUUAAUCAUGGACCUGUAAUAGCUGGUGUAAUUGGAGCUCAGAAGCCACAAUAUGAUAUCUGGGGCAACACUGUAAAUGUGGCCAGUAGGAUGGAUAGCACCGGAGUUCUGGACAAAAUACAGGUUACUGAGGAGACGAGCCUCAUUCUGCAGACCCUGGGAUACACGUGCACAUGUCGAGGAAUAAUCAACGUGAAAGGAAAGGGGGAACUGAAGACAUACUUUGUAAACACAGAAAUGUCGAGGUCCCUCUCCCAGAGCAACCUGGCUUCCUGAAGAGUCGCCUUCAUUUUGGCAAGAAGACUGUCGUUUCAGGAAGCUCCAGGCCAGCCUCUGUAAGAGGUAGAGGACCCCGAGGAUGCAUUAGGAAGCAGCUUCUUCCUGGGAACUCAAACUUGAAACACGAACGCUCGAUUUGACUCUUGACUCUGAGUUUUCACUAGCUGUGUGACUCUCAACACGUCUCUCAAUUUCUCUUAGGAGUAUUUUUCUCAUUGGUAGCUGACGGGAUCAGGUCGGAUUAAAAGAGCUAAUGACCAUGCGAGAGCCUGGCAGGCGCCCAGGGCUUCCUCCCGCCAGCACCUUCGCAGCACGGCCACGGCUGCCCUGCCAGGACUUGGACUCACUCUCGGUUAAAAGCACUUAUCGAAACUGAUAACUGGCCUUCCUCUCUGAAGUGGCAAGACAGCAUGACUUGUUCAAUUGUCUGCCUCAAUCAGGAAUUUUUUGAUCCCAUAGUUGCAAUUCAGCAUUGGCCUUAAUACACCUAAUUCUCCAAAAAGGUGAAAGAAGAAAAAUAAUAUAAGGGCAUUUCUCUUCAGUCUAACCAAAAUCUGGACUCGGAUGCCCUAGGGUUUCAGUGACUUCAGACUGGCCUUGUGUAUCAUUUGUAACAAUGAUCAGCAGCUGCGCCUCCUGGAUUCUUCCUCCCUUAGAGCCUAUAGUACCCAUCCAGGGUGCUUAGUGUCACCUGCCCUUAGUAGACACCCAUAGCCUGGUGAUUCACCAAGCACUCUUAAACAUGCUCACCCCACCACCCCCUGGCCUGGGAUGUGCUGAAUUUGGAGACAAGAACUCAAAAGAACUGUUUUCUUCCCAAAGCUGUAUCGCCAGUCUUAUCAAACAAGACUUGCUAAAGCAAAGUCACCACCAGAGUCCACCUUGCAAACGUCUGUGCAUACACGGGUCUCUCAAAGUGUGAUCUCCAGCCAACAGCAUCAGCGUCACCCAAGAACUUGUUAGAAAUGUGCAUUUUCAAGCCCCAACCCAGACCUGCUGGCCGUGUUUUUGAUAACAAGUUCUCCAGGAGAUUCUGAUGCCCCAUCAAGCCUGCAGCCCCCCAGGCCCUGCGUUUUACAAGAGAGGAAGCAGGACAGAGAGGUCAAAGGGCUUGUCCAAAGUCUCCCUGUUGAUCAAUGACGGAGACAAGAGGAGUAUGAAGAACUUCCUGUCCCCUGAAAUCUGGAAGUGGGACUUCUGGGCGAAGCUCCUUAAGGUCUGGCAACUACAACAUUCGGGUGAGCAAAUCACGCGAACAAGUGGAUUUGCAGUUCACUUCCAUCAGCCCUGCAGCCUUGGCGGCAGGUGAGAGUGUGUCCUCAAAGCCCUCCCUAACCUCUAAGUCUGGGAGGAAGCCCUGUCUCGUGGACAACACCCCGAGUCCAGCCCCCUGAAAACGGCAGUAUUUUUAAUACAUCUAUUUAGAAAUGUCUACAUCGUCGCGAAUCCUCCAUACUGUUCUUUUUCUCAACUCAGUGUGCUUUCCUAAAGACAGCAACCACUCUGCUUUCCAAGAAACGUUGACUCAUGGUGGAAAUUUGAUAAAUCAAAACAAAUUCUUUUAAUAUGUGUUUCUCCUUGAUAAGAUGACUAACAAGCAUUUGUUGAUCAGCUUUAAGUUGUAAAUGUCGAGCUGCCAAGAGAAAUACAGUCAGUUUUCCCUUG